AAUGGAAGUUUUUAAAUAAACAUGUGAUAUAGUAAUUUUAGAUUUAUUAGUUUCAUUGCAAUCGUUUAUACGUCUUUUUUACAUUGAUGAAGUAACUAAAAUUUUUUCAUCAAAUGAUUUGGAAUUACUAUCGAUACUUUAAUGUAAUUAUAAAAUAUUAAUUGUUUAUACUAGUGUUUUCUAAAGUAGAAUGCAUGACUUCUACAGGGGACGCCAUGUAAUCUAAAAAGGCGCGAAAAUUUACAAUCUAGAAAAUUGUGAAUAACUUCUAUUUACAUUUAUCUUGCAUCAUUAAGUUUAUUAAAUUUCAAUUUCUUCUUAUCAUUGGGAAAUAUCUGUAUAGAUAUACAUUCAUGAUUGCAAUUGUCUCUUUUUUAAGGGGCUCUUUGUAAACAGUUCGAAAACCGUCGAUUUACAUGGUAUCACAUGACAUUUAGCAUCAGUAGUUGUGACCGGUUGUAACAUCGUAGUUUUGGCAUAAAAUAGUGUUUACACACAACAUUCAACGCCUGACUUUAACAUACUUGUUGAUUAUAUGCAACUAAAAGCGCCUACUUUAUUUUGGAUUUUCGUUGCAUUGUUUUCUAAAUAUUUAUAAUAUGUCCGCUACCGAGAACUUGCGACGAUCUACUCGAAUACAAAUUCGCAUUAAAGAAGGGAAACAUAAAAAAUAUACGGAGUUAGAUGAAGGGAAUGAACCUACCCUCCAGACGCUUAUAACGAAAGAAGAAUUAGAAAAUAUUGAAGAGAUUGCACAAAAACCAGUUGAAUUGUUUUCCAGCAAUGAUGUCAGUGGUGCAACAUUAUAUGGAUUCCAAACUCCUAGUAAAAAAAAUGCUAUGUCGGAAAAGGCAAAUUUAUGUCGUACACCAGUUACUUCAAAAAAAGGAAAAGAACUUAUACCAAUAGUUUCUCUUGAAAGGCUAAAUGAGGAUACAAGGGGAUCAUUAAAAACAAAUAAUAAAAAUUCUCAUGCAAAAGCUCCAGUUACUCGAAGAAGAUAUAUGCCUGACCUAACUUCUAGCGAAAGUGAAAGCGUUUCUGAGCCUAGCGAUUUUGUACCAUCUGAUGAGGAUACAGAUGAUGAGAAUAGUGGAAGCCUGAGUUCUGAUAAUAGUAAUGAUGAAAUUAAACCAAAAGGUGCAAAACAGAAAUUUAUGUUUCACUCAAAUUUAUUGAGCACACCGAAAAGAACAUGUAGCAAAAAUAAGCCUGCAGUUAUUCAUAAAGAUUUUCAUAUAAAAAGUGAUGAAUAUUUCGAAACUCAAUCAGAAAAAGUAAUUACAUCCGAUCGAACGUUAGAGCGCCUACAUAAUUCUCGGUUAACAAAGAAAAAGCUAGAAGAAUUAUUAGCAAGUCAAAAUGAUGUAUCUAUGCAACAUAAGAAAAAUAUUUACUCGUUAACUGAAAGCUAUACUACAUUAUUUCCUAUGUGGUACUUUAUCAUGGAACAAGGGUAUACAGUAUUGCUAUAUGGUUUAGGAUCGAAAAGAUGUUUAAUUAAUAAUUUCCAUAAAGGUAUAUCUUAUCAUCCAUCAUUAAUAGUGAAUGGAUUCUUUCCCAGUCUGACUGUGAAAGAUAUAUUGAAUGGUAUAAUUAAUGAUUUAUUGGAGUUAAGUUGUCCCGCUAAUACGAGCGAAUGUAUAGAUCUUAUAGAAAGAAAAAUGAAGAAAAAUCCGAAAGAUAGGCUGUACCUAUUAAUACAUAACAUAGAUGGUAUAAUGUUACGAUCAAAUAAAGCUCAAGAUAUACUCUCUUGUCUUGCAAGCAUACCAAAUGUUUGUGUCUUGGCGUCAGUCGAUCAUGUCAAUACACCGUUGUUAUGGGAUCACAUAAAACGUUCAAAAUAUAAUUUCUUUUGGUGGGACACAACCACAUUUUUGUCUUACCAAGAAGAAACAUCUUACGAAAGUUCGCUCUUAGUGCAACAAAGUGGUGCACUUGCUUUGUCAUCUCUUCAUAACGUUUUCCUUUCUUUAACUUCGAAUGCUAAGUCAGUCUACAUACUUCUUGCAAAAUAUCAACUUAGCAACAGCAGCAAUGCUAAUUUUACUGGAAUGGCAUUCAAAGAUCUUUAUCGAGCCGCACGCGAAGGAUUUCUUGUAAGUUCAGAUUUAGCAUUGAGAGCACAAUUGACUGAAUUUAUCGAUCACAAAUUAGUGAAGGUAAAACGUAACAUCGAUAGCGUGGAACAUCUUGUAAUUCCUUUAACCAAUGGACUUUUGAAACAAUUUCUCGAAGAGCACGAGCCGUGAUAGUUGUAUAUAUUAAGAUAAGAACGUGCAUUUAUUUUGCACUGGGCACGGUAAAUUACGUGGCGGCCCUGAGCCUAUCUCAGAGUCGCCAUUUUGGAGUGUGCGCAGAUUCGGCAGUAUUCAAAGUCAAUUUUCUCAAGUAGGAAGCUGAAUCACCUUGGCGCAUUUUAGUCUCAUCUAUACGAAUAAAUUAAUUUGUAGAGAUGUGUAUUGUUAUAAUUUUGUUUUGUUUUCUCUCAAUUUUGGAUAUUUCUCUCUAUCUAUUAAUACCAAAGUCCAAACAUAUAUUUUCAUUAUUUCGUCAUAAAGCCAGAACGACUCGACGUAUUUCCGUAACAUUUUGUACAUUUAUAGGCAUAUUUUCAACUUGGAGAAUAAGUUGAUUAAUUACUUAUUUCGAUCGAACAGUUGUAUUUUUACUUAUUUAAUGCAAA